AUGUCAUCCGAUGACGAGACAGAGGAGGAAAACACGGGCCCACAAAUAGUCAUGGCAGAACGUCCGAAUCUCAAGCCGCCAGCACCUCUUGCUCUAACGGGGAAUAUUUCGGCGAAUUGGAGGCGAUGGAAGCAGAAAUUUACGAUAUUUCUAACGGCAUCACGGAUAACGGAGGAACCUAUCAAGGUCGCUCUUCUUCUCCACUCAAUCGGAGAUGAAGGACUGGAAGUUUUCAAUUCAUUUGGAUUACCUGAUGAUGUCGAAUACGCCCCGCUUAUUCAAAAAUUCGAGGAAUAUUGCACGCCUCAGAAGAAUGUAACAUUUGAACGCCAUAGAUUCAAUUCAAGGAUACAGCAGGAAGGCGAGUCCUUUGACUGUUUCCUCACGGAUAUAAAAAUAAAAGCCAAGGACUGUGAAUUUGACACUCUAAGAGACUCCUUAAUAAAGGAUCGCAUUGUAUUUGGCAUACGAAUGGAUCGCACGAGGGAACGUCUGCUUAGGGAGAAGGAACUCACCCUCACCAAGGCGAUAGAUAUAUGCCGAGCAGCUGAGUUAACCAAGGAACAGAUGAGUUCGCUGUCUAACGGACAGCGGCGUGAUGAACAGACUGACAAAACAGUAAAUGCAGUAGGCCGACAAGGAUACAACAAAGCCGCCUCGGGUUAUCAUAACCAAUCAACGUAUAAAGGCAGCGGAGCCAAGUGCGGGAAUUGCGGGACUUUUCAUCAACCACGGCAAUGUCCUGCCUAUGGCAAACAAUGCAAGGGUUGCAAAAGGCUAAAUCACUUCAUCCGCUGCUGCAGGUCAACCAAUAAACAAGUCCACAGCGUAGAGGAGGAGGACGAUGACGGUACGUACGAGUCUUUGUUCAUUGGCAGCAUCAAUCAGUUAAAGGGAACAGACGAGUCUGAUCAACAAUGGCUAACGAAACUGAAGAUGGGUCAGCGGCAGGUUUUCGUGAAUUUGAAGAUAGAUACGGGAGCACAGGCCAACGUGCUGCCGUAUGACCUAUUCAAGCGGAUCUGUAACAAACGAGAUCUCAUAAAAACGAAAAUACGGUUAACCACUUACGACGGAACACCGCUACCGGUGGCAGGGAGUUGCAGGAUUCGAUGCAUAUACAAGGAUAACACAUUUUACGAGGAUUUCGUAGUAGUGGACAAACGCAGUGAUCCGGUCCUAGGGCUUCGCACGUCUGUCAAGAUGAAUUUGCUUCAACGUAUCGAUGCGCUUAAUAGGCCUACGUCAGAUAGUGAAUGCAUACUCGACGAAUAUAAGGAUAUAUUCGAAGGUCUUGGUUGUCUAGAUGUGCCAGAGCAUCAUAUUGAAAUUGAUCCAUCAGUGAAACCAGUGAUUCAUGCGCCGAGGAAAUUUCCCAUUGCAAUGCAGGAUAGAUUCAAAACUCAACUUGAUCGAUUGGUUGGUAUGAAUGUGCUCAAAAAAGUGGAUGAGCCCACUGAUUGGGUAAAUUCAAUUGUGUUAGUUGAAAAAUCAGAUAAAUCGCUACGUAUUUGUUUAGAUCCGAAAGAUUUAAACACUGCUGUGAAACGGGAGCAUUUUCCAUUGAUCACAUUGGAUGAAAUUAGCACUAAACUCGCUGGGGCGAAGUACUUUACUGUUCUUGACGCGUCCAAUGGAUUCUGGCAACAAAAGUUGGAUACGGAAAGUUCUAUGCUCACAACAUUCAACACAUGUUUUGGGAGGUAUCGCUUUCUCCGUCUUCCGUUCGGAAUCUCCUCGAGUGCUGAAGUGUUCAAUAAAGCAGUGACGCAAAUUCUGGAAAAUUUGGAGGGAGUCAUCAGCUACAUCGACGAUUUGUUAGUCUGGGGACGCACGAAAGAGGAACACGACGAGCGACUUAGGAAAGUAUUGGAUCGCCUACGGGAGAAGGGGUUAAAGCUCAAUAGACGCAAAUGCAGAGUUGGACUCUCAGAGGUUGUUUACAUAGGAGGAUUACUAAGCGCAGAUGGGGUCAAACCGGACCCGCAGAAAGUGCAAGCAAUCGUGGAUAUGCCUCAACCAGAUUGCAAGGCCGCAUUACGCAGAUUUCUAGGAUUAGUAACAUACUUUGGAAAGUAUUUGCCGAACUUGUCAGACAUUACGUCACCGCUCAGGCAGCUUCUUCCAGAAGAUGCUGAGUGGGCUUGGCUGAAACAGCAGUCCGAUGCUGUAGCGCAAUUAAAAACAAUGUUGACAACAGCACCAACGCUGAAAUUCUAUGAUGUAACAAAACCAGUGACAUUGACAGUUGAUGCAGAGACAAGACCACAAUUGAUUUUUUAA